CAUUUACAGCACUGCAAAAUAUGGUGUAUUGUCAAGAACGAUAAUGAAGUUUUAGAUAAGAUAAAAAAAAUUAAACUGUGCCUGUGAAACUAAUUAAGAAGUAAAUAACAAGAUGUCCGGUUUCGACGAAAACCCUUUUGGCGAACCAACAAUAGACAACCCGUUUGCGGAUCCGUCUGUACAACAAGUGGCUAGGAACACGAAUGCCCAACUUAGGGUUGAUGAUUAUAAUCCGUUCGAUAAACAAACCCAGAACCAAAAACCCGUUUCUUAUGGCCAAUCAAACACCGGACCUGCGAUCAUGCAACCCACACAAGAGCCUCCUGCGUACACGAGAAGCGGCCAGCAAGCCCAAACUACUGCGAAAGCGGCCAUCGACACGUCAGAAUUACAAAGGAGACAGGAAGAGCUGGAACGCAAAGAACAAGAACUGACGCGUCGCGAGGAAGAAAUGAGAAAUUCUAGUUACAAUGUGAGACGCAACAAUUGGCCCCCGUUACCCGAGCAAUGCUGUUUCCAGCCCUGCUUCUAUCAGGACAUCCAAGUCGACAUACCUUUAGAAUUCCAAAAAAUCGUGAGGAAACUCUACUAUCUCUGGAUAUACCAUGGUGCUUUAAUGAUAAUAAAUGUGAUAGGCGGUAUGAUUUUGGAUGAGCCUUCGGUCAUCGGAUUGGGGAUUUUGUAUCUUUUGUUGUUCACACCUUUCGGUUACUUGUGCUGGUUCAGACCGGCAUACAAAGCGUUCCGUUCGGAUUCUUCGUUCAAUUUUAUGGUAUUUUUCUUUAUAUUCUUCUUUCAAUUCGUUGUUACUACACUGCAAAUGAUCGGGAUACCCGGAGCAGGAACAAUAGGAAUCAUAACGGCUUUAUCGACGUUUAAUCACACGACUUGGGAGAUAAUUAAAGGUAUAAUCGCUUUGAUUAUAGCCAUUGGUUUCGGUCUGGCAGCUGCGGCCGAUCUUUUCUUGUUAUCUAAGAUUCACCGUAUGUACAGAAGUACCGGCGCUAGUUUGGCGAAGGCACAGCAGGAAUUCACCACGGAGUUUUUCCGCAACCAGCACGUCAGGAGCGCCGCCAGCAACGUAGCAGCAGCCGCAGUGCAAUCACAGUUAAACCAGAAUAAUCAAAGUACCCCAAGAUAUUAGUUUUAACUACUAUUAAUCUAUUUUAUGAUAAAUUUUAGUGUCAGUAUUUAAAUUUCAAAAGACUUAAAAGAUUUUGUUGAUUAUUGUUAAAAAGGAUAAUAUCAUUAAUCGUAACGAACGUGGACACCUUAUUAUACUUAAAUGUAGACAAUAGAUGCGUGGGUGAAUCGCAUAAUCGUUAAAAAAUAUGUUUUUUUUUGCUUAUAUGUUGGAAAUUUUAAAACUAAAGUGAACUUGCGUAUUCGAAAUUGGAAGAGUCGAGUUCACAGUGAAAUUAAUCGCAUUUUUUAAUAUCUACGACGAUUUGCCAUACAUGAAAUAAGUAGUUGAUUAUUUCGUAAGUGUUGGGAAUUCGUUGUAUAUACAAUUUUUUGUUACAUCGAUUUUAGAUAACGUGGGUUGUACAUAAUUUGUCCUGAAACAUCCCCGGCGCCUAAUUCUUCUAAUUUUUUUUUUGAGGGGAUGUAAUACUUGUGGUAUGAGUUUGGGACAUAUUAAAUUGUGAAUGAAAGUAUCGUUGUAUUUUUGUCAAUUACCUGUAUUUUCGAUAAAGCUUAAAUAUUGCAACAGAUUAAUCUAUUUUUAUUGUUAAUCGAUAUAAAUCUACUAACAGCACUGUCAUGAAACUUCACAAAUAAUUACAGCUGGUUUAAUCAGGUAAUGCAUUAUAUUAUUAAAGUUGUUACUAAUAAAGAUAAAUCAUCAGGUAUUUUCUAUACGAUUUUUACUCCCUUGUCGUGUUUCGAAAUUUCAAAGUUUUUUACAACUGAUUGAAUUAUUCUCGAUUCAUUUAAUCAUCUAGUAAGAAAACUCCACAGAAAAUUUGUGCAAAAGCGUAAAUACUGAUUCGUGUAGACAAUACGGUAAAAAAUGGAAGUGGGAAAAUUUCAUUUACUCUGUACGACGUGGAUUUUAAUUUGUAUCGUCGUAAUGAAACUUCAACCAUUCUUCCGAUCGGUUGCAAUAAUGACACGUGGAAUUUUCGUUAAAAUAUUAUUAAAAAAAGUCCCGAGUAGACAUCGAUUAAUAAUAACACAUGGAGUAUAUUUUCUCGUUCGCGGCAUUCACCAGAUAUUGCAAUUUUAGGAUCUAGUUACAGACGCAGCUUUAAUAAAAUUGUCAAAAAAUAUUUUGAAUUUUUGCAAAUUAUUUCUUUGGAGUCACUUAUUUAUAUUUUUUGUUUGCUUGUACUUAAUUAAACCGCCCUCAUAUUUAUACUGAUGCUAUUAGGGUAUUAUAUAAAUUAGUCUGUGUUAUACAUUUUGGUACUUUUUAUUCUAACGUAAUUGAUCAUAAUGAUUUAAAUAAUGGCCAUACUAUCGUUAAUUUUUACGACAACGGUCUUUUGAUUAUGAUCACUUACAGUAUAUUUGAAGACAAACUUCAGCACUUGGAUUUAUUUAUUAUACAGUUUGUCACUCUUUUUUUGUAAGUUGAGUUAUGAAUUACAGAAAUAUAAUAAAAAAUAAAAAGAGUUUUUUAC